AUGUCCAAGACUAAUAUAAACGUGCGAAUGUGAUUAUAGGCAUUAACUCUGGCCUGGUUGUUCCAUUAUAACUUUUACUGCGAGCCAGUGGAUUUUUCGUACGAUCCUCGUGCGAUCGAGGUACACCUGCAACUCUUUUAUCUUUUAGAUACAAUGGAGCUUAUACCAGCAUAACGAAACAAGUAAUUUUCGAACAAUAGAAUGAUCUUCAAAUCAAAUAUUAGGUUUCAUUUAUUUAAAUGAAGAUUAAGAAAAUGAUCGAUCCGUUUCAAUGUACCUUUGAUUGUUACAUUGCACAAAUUUUUAAGCACAAUGAAAUGAUAUAUCUACAUCAUUUUUCAAUAUUAAACGAUUGGAAUUCUUUUUCAAAUUCUUCAGCAUAAAAGAGCACAUCCUUGUGUUUACGUGUCGUUUCAACGUGCGCGUAUAUAUUCCGUUAUUCACGAACGAAGUGUCUAUUUGUUAAAUGCAAUCUCUUGCACGUUCGCGAACAGUGUCGCGUUUCUUAUCAAAAUCUUCCAUCACUUUGAUAAGUCCUUUUUGCAAAUUUAAUAUGUAUCGUUAGAAUAUUAUUACAAGUAUUUUGUUUUGAUUACAGAGCAUGAUACAAAAAUCGGGUGCGAAGGAUUCUAUUAUAUAGACCACAGAUGUUUGUACAUAUUUGUAUUUCUGUACAUGAAAAUAUUAUGUUUCUUUUAUUUUAUCUAUUUUUAUCAUAAAAAAUUGAAAACUGAAAUCUAAUUGGAAAUUUGUUCCACCUUCUCUUUAAUACUUUGAUACUUUUACAUUUAAUAUUUGUACAUGUCUUUCUCAUAAAAAUUUAUUAUAUUUCAAAUUUUUUGUAAACAGACAAACAUCUUCGGUCUACGUAUUUUCAUCAGAAUUUCAAAUUAAAUAUAUGUACAUCAGUAUUGCUCAACUCGCAGAUAACCAGGAUGGUUUGGCUUUACUUCCUCAUGAAGAUCUUCGACUUGGUGGACACGGUCUUCUUCGUUCUUCGAAAAAAGCAGCAGCAAGUGUCGUUCCUUCACGUUUAUCAUCACACAGGCAUGGCUUUCGGUACUUGGGUAGUCACCAAAUUUUUACCUGGCGGUCAUAUUACCUUUCUAGGUAAGUGAUUUAGUUCAACACAUUCGCUGCAACAACAAUGUUACUUUCGUACUAGCGAAUAAUUUUCACUUCGGUUUAAUGGUACAAUUUGACGCACCAUGCGUUUGUUUAAAACUGUCACGGAAUUGAUUUUUUAAAAAUUUCUUUUUAGCUCGCUUCUCAUAUUCUAAUCAGUAG